AUCACAUGAUAAGGGGGGGGGAGGGGGAGAGUGUGUGGGGUUCACAUAGCUGGAGAAUGCUGCGACCAAAAGCUCUGACCCAGGUCCUCAGCCAAGCCAAUACUGGGGGGGUACAGAGCACUCUGUGAGUAUACUGGGGCAGGUACUUCUGUGAGUAUACUGUCACUGGGGUAAGAGUAUACUGUCACUGUGGGUGCCAGAGCACCUGUGAGUAUACUGUCACUGGGGGCAGCAGGCAGUCUGUACUGUGACUGGGGGUACAGAGCUUCUCUGUGAGUAUACUGUCACUGGGGGGUACAGAGCACCUGUGAGUAUACUGUCACUGGGGGGUACAGAGCACUCUGUGAGUAUACUGUCACUGGGGGGGUACAGAGCACUCUGUGAGUAUACUGUCACUGGGGUUACACUCUGAGUAUACUGUCACUGGGGGGUCACUGGGGUACAGAGCACUCUGUGAGUGCAUACUGUCUGUCACUGGGGUAUAGUACAGAGCACUCCUGUGAGUAUACUGUCACUGGGGUACAGAGCACUCUGUGAGAGUAUACUGUCACUGGGGGGGUACAGAGCACUCUGUGAGUAUACUGUCACUUGGGGUACAGAGCACUCUGUACUGUCACUGGGGGUACAGAGCACUCUGUGAGUAUACUGUCACUGGGGAAAAGUGCUAGAGCACUCUGUGAGUAUAUCAUUGGGGUUACAGAGCUCUGUGAGUAUACUGUCACUGGGGUACAGAGGCACUCUGUGAGUAUACUGUCACUGGGCACAGCACUCUGUGAGCAUACUGUCACUGGGGGGCAUAGAGCACUUGUGAUAUAGCCUGUCACUGGGGGGCAAAGCACUCUGUGAGUAUACUGUCACUGUACAGAGCACUCUGUGAGUAUACUGUCACUGGGGCAGAGGCUCCUCUGUAUACUGUCACUGGGGGGUACAGAGGCACUCUGUGAGUACUCUGUGAGUAUAUACUGUCACUGGGGGGUACAGAGCACUCUGUGAGUAUACUGUCACUGGGGGGGUACAGAGCACUCUGUGAGUAUACUGUCACUGGGGGGGUACAGAGCACUCUGUGAGUAUACUGUCACUGGGGGGUACAGAGCACUCUGUGAGUAUAUACUGUCACUGGGGGUACAUACCGUCACUGGAGUACACUCUGUGAGUAUACUGUCACUGGGGUACAGAGCACUCUGUGAGUAGUCACUUGGGGGUACAGAGCACUCUGUGAGUAUACUGUCACUGGGGGUUAAGCUGAGCACUCUGUAUACUGUCACUGGGGGUACAGAGCACUCUGUGAUAUACUGUCACUGGGGGGCAUGAGCACUCUGUGAGUAUACUGUCACUGGGGGUACAGAGCACUCUGUGAGUAUACUGUCACUGUAUAGUGGGGGGUACAGAGCACUCUGUGAGUAUACUGUCACUGGGGGAGCAUGAGCACUCUGUGAGUAUAUACUGUCACUAAAGCAGACACUCUGUGAGUAUACUGUCACUGUCACUGUGAGGUCACACAGAGCACUCUGUGAGUAUACUGUCACUACAGAGCACUCUGUGAGUAUACUGUCACUGGGGGUACAGAGCACCUGUGAGUAUACUGUGGGGUACACACUCUGGGGGGGUACAUAGAGCAGAGCACUGGGGGGGUACAGAGCACUCUGUGAGUAUAUACUGGGGUACAGUCACUGGGGGGGUACAGAGGCACUCUAGAGUAUACUGUCACUGGGGGUGUGAGUAUACAGGGGUAGCACUCCAGAGUGGGGGUACAGAGCACUCUGUGAGUAUACUGUCACUGGGGGGGGGUACAGAGCACUCUGUGAGUAUACUGUCACUGGGGGGCGGGGGUGUUUUCCAUAAACCUUUCUCCAAAUCAUAAAACAAAUUACGUGUUUGAUAACAUUCUGUUGCUGGAUAUUUGACACCUGGACGGCAGCUGAUGACUUGCUAACAGAAUAAUUAUAAUCUCGGUGUUGUGGUGCCAUCAUCUGUUUACAUCUAGUAAUCAGUCAUUCCAAAAAGGUUAAUACACAAAGUAAUCCUAACUUGGAUUCAAGGUGAACUCCCACUUUCAUGCCCCCAAAUUGCAUACUGUGGGCAUGUUAGGCUGCAGUACAGUAGUGUACACUAUUUGUAUGAUGGCAAGCUGCUUGGCGCUCUAUUUACGUGUUUUAUUUUCCUGUCCUCCAGACUGCUGAACAAUGAAGGCUCUUUACUUGCAUAUUCUGGUUAUGGUGACACAGAUGCCAGAGUUACAGCUGCUAUUGCUAGCAACAUUUGGGCUGCCUAUGAUAAAAACGGACAUCAGGCAUUCAACGAGGACAAUCUUAAAUUCAUCCUUAUGGACUGCAUGGUAAGUGUCUAUACUUAGCCUGGAGUUUUAACCCAUUAAUGCCACAAGUCCUUAUAAAGGCAUGCUAUAUGGAGUGUCAGGAGACUUGUCCCUGCAGGUGUCUACAAGGUAAUUGUAAGGAAACCAAGUACAUGUAAACCUUAAUCGGUAGUUUCCUUCCGAACAGCCAGAGCCCAGUGAAUAUAGCCCUCCGUUCAGUAUUUAUAGUAGACAAAUUCCCAAUUGUAAAUCCAAUAGUGUUCCUGGAUAAUUCCCACAGUAAAACACACGAACUCCCAAACAGCAUACGUAGUCAGAAUAAGGGUACAAAGAUGAACUGAGGUUUAAUGACAGGCAUGCUCUUUUUAUGGGAUUCAGCCCAUGCAAGGGAGCCCCCCAUAUAAUUAUCCAUACAUCCAAUCCUAACAAUAUACAUACUGUACAUCUCCUCCCCUCAGAUAACCAUUAAACACAAUUAAAACGUAACAGAAUUUCCCCAAAGUUUGGAUGUACCCGAAGGACUUGGGUGUCCUCAGAUAGCUAUUGUCUGGGAGACCAACAUAUUAAAAUCUCAGGCCAUUCGGUUCAGCCGUUCGGGAGAUAUAGGACUUAGAAGUUUUGACCGACUGCACGGGCAAAGUAGCCGAAAACAGUUCCAUGAAUUCUGGCCCUGCAGUCGGUCUUAGAUCGCAUGAAAAACCUCCCGAACGGCCGGCCAUCCAGCUACCAUCCUUGGUUCGCUGGUUCCCCAUCUGUUGGUAAGUCUUUCUACCGAACGCCCGGUCGUUCGGUAGUUUGGAAGGGGUUUUACCGAAGGUCUGGAGGCUUCAGCGGUGUUCGCCUGUUUGAGUGUCCGUUUCCAGUUCCAGACAUUCAAGGGCAAACACCGCUGUUCAGGAGCUAAAAUGGCCGCGAACACGAGGAAGUCCCGAAAUGGCGGCGAGACCUGCCGUUCGUGCAGAACUUCUGUCGAACGUAAUCCAGCCAGCAAGGGGGGUAUAGUCUGUAUAAAGGGGUGACAGGGGGGUCUGCAUUCGGUAGUUUUACCUACCGAAUGUCAUAGGGAAACAUUGCUAUUGACACAAAUACAAAGAGUGCAUAUACAGUUAAAAAAAAGGCAUUUUUUCACAGUAGUAUGGUAGGGUCAGGACUGUCAGAAUAAAGAUUCACAAUGGUUAAUCACUUCUCUCACCUUUCAGGAAGGCCGUGUGGCAAUCACAAGAGUGUCUAACUUGCUGCUGUGCAUGUAUGCCAAGGAGUCUGUUGGGUUUGGAAUGUUGAAAGCCAAGGUAAGCUAUACCAGGGUGCGGGCACAGAAUGUAACAAUAGGGUGUUUAAUUAAAAUAGCUGUGCACGGCGGGAUAGUCUAGGCACCAUAGCCACUACAAAUCACUGUAGUGAUAAUGGCACAAGGAGUCUCCUGGCACCAUUCAUUAGGAAAGAGUCAAGUGAUCCUAUUGUCUCUGGCCUCCACUUCUGAUCGAAUUCAUAGGCUGAGGGUAUCAAAUGUUCUCAGCCAAUAAAUGUUAUCUUAAUAUGGAUGAAAAAUAAAUAUGUUUCCAAAGGGGAACUUCCUCUAUAUAGAUAUCUCUGAAAAGGAGGUCAGACUGGAAUCAGCUGGUGGACUCAUCAAGGUAGAUGACAAACUGUUUGAAAAUGGUUUGACUCUUUUCUGGGCAGGAUGCAGAAGGAAACUCCAAUGGGGGUGUGUUUUUUUUGUUUUGUUUUUUCUUUUUGGUGGGAAGGGAGAGUAGGGGGUUACCUAGUCUGCCAGUUAUAAGGUCAGUUGAGUCCUUUAAAAAAAAAAACAAUAGAGAUGAGAGCCGCACAUUAAACAAAAUAUAGAGCCUCCCCUAUUCUUUCUAUUCCUCCUAUCCUGAAAUAAUACUUUAAAGGGUGUAGUGGAGUAGUAGUAUUAUUCACGGUAUCUCCGAUGGAAGACAGAGUGAAGCAGGUAAAAUGUAGGCAAAAUGCAGGUAGCGUAGGUACAAUCCCUUUCUCCCAAGAACUAGACUACACAUAGCUUGGAGGUCAACUGAGAGCUUUAAUGAAACAAUCCCCAAUUUUUGUGAUUUUACUGUACAGGCUUUCCAGCAGGGGUUUUAAUCAGUUGGACUGUGUGGGAAACUGACCAUGCAAGGUUGUUUCCCAGCAGCCCCUGCUGUACAGGCACCAAGAUGACAUCAGCAAGUACAGAUAAUUACAUUACCAGUGGUCACAGUAAUAUGCCAUAUUUUACAUUAAAAUCUAUAAUUCUCACAAUUUCCCACCGAUUUGUGUGAAUGACCUUUCAACCGAAUGCAGGGAUCGGCAGGUACAAUAUACCGAAGUACUGUUCUGAUUCCUGCAGAAUUAACCGAACGCCGCUCAUAAUAUACACUUACACAAACUGGGGUUUAGAAGAGAAAACUCCUGAAUAUCUUUAUUUCCCCAAAGGAGCGAAUCUCCCGAACGCUAUGGAAGUCCAGCGGUGUUUGGAAAUCAAGUGGCUUAUUUCAGUUCCAGGCACUCGACGACCAAACACUGCUGAACUCUAACAAAGCAAAGAUGGCCGCCGCCACGUGUUCGCUACUCGAUCGGCGGCCACACACAGAAAGCCCAUUAACGGCUAGAUACAAUGUUGCAACCUCACUAAUGAGCGGCACACGACCUACUGGGGUGGUCUCCCGUUCGGUCCUUAGUUCGUUUCACGAACAGUGUAGGAAUCCACUGUUCGUGAAACUGGCAAUAUAAUGUUAGCGGCAUUCGUGUGCUGUAAGCACAUGAAUGCAGAAGAUAAACCUGAAUGCUUUUAUAUACAGCUCUCUUAACAGUGGUGGGUUUUUCCCCCACAGAUAAACAUAGUGUAUAUAUAUGAAGACAUUCUAUAAGUGGCUAGGUUUGCCACAAAGGGGUACUGUCCAUCACUACUGUAAGCUCUACAUGUUUCUUACACAUUCUUAAACAUUUGGUUUUAUGUUAAACAUGUAACGACAUUACUAAUUGGUGACCUAUGGAAUUUUUGGAUGUGGUGGCAAUUUUCUGACAUAGAAUGUCUUGCUGAGCUAGCAUUAGUAAGGUUCUGUUGACUGGUGAUAAAUGGGUAGUUCAGAUCAUGCUGAUAUAAACUGUCCUUUACAACAAAGAUUAAAAGAUUAAUGUUCUUAGCUUUUCUUGAAACUCCUGUUAAACUGCUAGACAAGUAAACAAGGGAUGUCAUUUUUAUACUGGAGGAAAAAAAACUUUAAAAAAAAAAAGGACAUGUAUACACCAGGCAGCCGAAGUACAAAGGUUUAAUGUGUGUCAAUUCUCCGGCUGUGCAUGUUCGGAGAGCUCUAUAACUACUCAACAGAUUCAGGUGCAGACCCAGAACUUUGCCUGACCUUUUAAUUCCCACUGUUUGAGGAGGAUAUAAAACCGUGUGAUAACGGGAAGAAUAGCAUCUCUUUAACACUGGACUUUUUGCUUUGUUCUUAGGCCCAAGCCUUAGUGCAUUACCUGGAGGAACCCCUGAACCAGGUCUCCGCUUCCUAGGAGCGGCCGUAGGAUCUGGAAAACGACAAAAUAAAUGCAAAACCAAGAACAAGGGUUAACGCAAACCGUUCUCUGGAGAAUGCAGUAAUCUGGUGUCGACAGAUGAGACGCUCAUUACAGCACUUCAUUCCUAAAAUUGAUCGGCUUCUGAGUGAAACCCAUCUGCAAGCUCCCUUCCUUGCUAUUGCUCUGUGUCUUUGUUGCUGGUGAUUCAUGUAAUUGGCUUCUGAUCUCUUUGGUUAACUUCCAAGUCUGAACCUCAGUCUGUAGAAAGCCAAGAAUUCCUAAAGAUUUAAAAUAUAAAAAAAAAAAAAGUAUGAUGUAUGAGUCUGUAUAAACCUUUUCAGAGACAUCCAGCUAGAUUUUUGGGAUGGUAAUCUUAAAUUUUAUAGCCCAAUUAUGCCAAUAAUGGAAGUACCUCCUGUUAGGAAGCUCACUUUAUGUGGGUUACAAAAGCAAUCACCCUCUAUGGCUCUAAGAUUUGAUAGAUAACAGUGUACAGCAUCUGUCAUUGCAUGUAAUUUCCAACAGGAAGUAGGAUACAUUAUGUACAGUCUGCACUUCCUGUUGCAUCUUUAAGCAACGUCCUGCUGAGAACAUGUAUCUUGUAAUGGAAAAAGGCCUCCGUGAUUGAUAAAUAAAUAUUGCAUUAUACAAUUGCUGGACUGUGAUAACGUGCACUAGUGAUUGUCACGGACUAUAGGAGAGGCCUGCAUUUGGUACAACGCUUAUUCUGUCUUCUGCUGUGUAGUCGGUAUGCUGUCCAUUAAACUAGGAUAUUGCCAGCAAAGCAUUCUCCCUCCUAAAUCUAUCUGCCUCACAGACUUGUAUUUUAAAAAUGCCUUAUUCACAAAAUGAACCCACCCCAGUCAUCCAACUCCUUUUGGAACUGGGAAUAUUAUUUGGUAAACGUAUGUCCAUUAAACACGCCUAGAAACACCGCCAAGAAAUCAAUGGCUGUUGAAUAUCUUCAUUCAGUAUAAUUUGGUAAGAUCUAAUUGCACCUAGGAAACAACUUAUCUGAAGUUUUUUUUUUUUUUUUUUCGUAAAAUGUUUAAUAUAUUUUUUGUGUGUGUGUGUUAAAUUUCAUAUGUGCAAGAAUCCCAUGCUUAUUUGACUAAAUAAAAUUCACACUUCUAUUUAUUUCUGCCUAAAGAAAUGUAUGCUCGUAAAUUGGCAAAAUGGACUUCUGUAAAUGUUGAAUUGAAUCUUUUUCGAUUUUGUUCCUUUGCUGUCGUGCAUUGUUGGUUCCCACUGACAGCCAGGGGUUAAAGAGAUAAAAAUAAAAGGUUUGUAUUGUGUAA